AAAUAUGCAGAACUCCCUGCUGAAGAAAGAAAGCCACUUUGGGAGCUGGUGCUGGAACAGUUCGAAGAUCUCCUUGUGCGGAUUCUUCUCUUGGCUGCCUUUGUUUCAUUUAUCCUGGCCUGGUUUGAAGAAGGUGAAGAGACUACGACUGCAUUUGUGGAGCCAGUUGUCAUCAUCAUGAUUCUCAUAGCUAACGCUGUUGUGGGAGUGUGGCAGGAGAGAAAUGCUGAGAGUGCUAUUGAAGCCCUAAAAGAAUAUGAGCCAGAAAUGGGAAAGGUGAUACGCACUGACAAGAAUGGAGUCCAGAGGAUCCGGGCUCGUGAUAUUGUACCUGGGGAUAUCGUGGAAGUGGCAGUUGGUGACAAGGUGCCAGCUGACAUCCGGAUCAUUGAGAUCAGAUCCACGACGUUACGGGUUGAUCAGUCCAUUCUGACAGGUGAAUCUGUGUCUGUGAUUAAGCACACUGACCCCAUCCCUGACCCCAGGGCUGUCAAUCAAGACAAGAAGAACAUGCUUUUUUCUGGUACCAAUAUUGCAGCUGGCAAGGCUGUUGGGGUCGUCAUUGCUACCGGGGUGUACACAGAAAUUGGCAAGAUCAGGAAUCAGAUGGUUGCAACUGAGCCAGAGAAGACACCAUUGCAACAAAAGCUGGAUGAGUUCAGUCAGCAGCUCUCCAAGGUCAUAUCACUGGUCUGCAUAGCCGUCUGGGUCAUCAACAUCAGCCAUUUCAGCGACCCAGUCCAUGGUGGGUCUUGGUUCCGGGGUGCUAUCUACUAUUUCAAGAUUGCCGUUGCUUUGGCUGUGGCAGCCAUUCCAGAGGGCCUUCCAGCUGUCAUCACCACUUGCCUAGCCCUGGGCACACGCCGCAUGGCCAAGAAGAACGCUAUUGUGAGGAGCCUCCCGUCUGUGGAAACGCUGGGCUGCACCUCGGUCAUCUGCUCUGAUAAGACUGGCACCCUCACCACUAACCAGAUGUCCGUCUGCAGGAUGUUUGUUGUUGAGAAGAUUGAGGGCAUCCACUGCAGCCUGCAUGAAUUCAGUAUCACAGGAUCCACCUAUGCCCCAGAAGGGCAGAUCCUGAAGGAUGAAAAGCCUGUUCGUUGUGGCCAGUAUGACGGUCUGGUGGAAUUAGCCACUAUCUGCGCUCUCUGCAAUGACUCCUCUUUGGAUUAUAAUGAGUCAAAGAAAGUCUAUGAGAAAGUGGGAGAAGCAACUGAGACGGCCCUGACCUGCCUAGUGGAAAAGAUGAAUGUCUUCAACACUGAUAUCAGCAACCUCUCUAAGGUGGAGAGAGCCAAUGCCUGCAAUUCUGUAAUCAAGCAGCUGAUGAAGAAAGAAUACACCCUGGAGUUUUCCCGUGAUCGCAAGUCCAUGUCCGUCUAUUGCACACCUGUCGGUCCCAGCCACAACUCUACUGGCAGCAAGAUGUUUGUCAAGGGAGCCCCUGAAAGUGUGAUCGAACGCUGCAGCUAUGUCCGCAUUGGCACCAACCGGGUUCCUCUCGCACCUUCUACCAAAGAGAAGAUAUUAUCCAGAAUCCGGGAAUGGGGAACUGGCAUUGACACCCUGCGCUGCCUGGCUUUGGCCACCCGGGACAGUCCUAUUAAGAAGGAGGAUGUGCAGUUGGAUGACUCCACCAAAUUCAUCAAUUAUGAGACUAACCUAACCUUUGUGGGCUGUGUGGGGAUGCUGGACCCUCCCCGCAAGGAGGUGUCUUCAUCCAUUGAGAUGUGCAGAAAAGCUGGCAUCCGAGUCAUCAUGAUCACAGGGGACAACAAGGGGACAGCUGUGGCCAUCUGCCGGAGAAUCGGGAUCUUCUCAGAGACCGAGGAUGUGACUGAUAAGGCCUACACUGGAAGAGAGUUUGACGAUCUCUCCCCAAAGGCUCAGCGUGAGGCCUGCUAUUCAGCUCGCUGCUUUGCUCGAGUUGAACCUGCUCAUAAGUCCAAGAUAAUUGAAUACCUGCAGUCUUUUGAUGAGAUUACAGCUAUGACUGGAGAUGGAGUCAAUGAUGCCCCUGCCCUGAAGAAGGCUGAGAUUGGAAUUGCUAUGGGUUCUGGUACAGCUGUGGCCAAGUCAGCGGCAGAGAUGGUGCUAUCUGAUGAUAACUUUUCCACCAUUGUGUCUGCUGUUGAGGAAGGCAGAGCCAUCUACAACAACAUGAAGCAAUUCAUCCGCUACCUUAUCUCAUCAAAUGUUGGCGAGGUUGUUUGCAUCUUCCUGACUGCUAUCCUGGGAUUGCCUGAAGCUCUGAUCCCAGUCCAGCUGUUGUGGGUGAACCUGGUGACUGAUGGGCUCCCUGCCACUGCUCUGGGAUUCAACCCCCCUGACCUAGACAUCAUGGAUAAACUUCCCCGCAACCCCAGGGAGCCUCUCAUCAGUGGCUGGCUUUUCUUCCGCUACCUUGCCAUCGGAGUAUAUGUUGGCCUGGCAACAGUGGGGGCAGCUACCUGGUGGUUUCUGUAUGAUGCUGAAGGGCCACAAGUUACCUUCUACCAGCUGAGAAACUUCAUGAGGUGCACAGAAGACAACCCCAUCUUCGAAGGAUUUGACUGUGAAAUCUUUGAGUCUCAUUACCCAACCACUAUGGCACUGUCGGUGCUAGUGACAAUUGAGAUGUGCAAUGCUCUGAACAGUGUGUCUGAAAACCAGUCGUUGCUGAGGAUGCCGCCAUGGCUGAACCUCUGGCUUCUCGGGGCUAUAAUCAUGUCCAUGGCACUGCACUUCUUGAUUCUUUAUGUGAAGCCUAUGCCUCUAAUCUUCCAGGUAACCCCCCUGAGCUGGCCACAGUGGGUGGUUGUACUGAAAAUUUCCUUGCCUGUUAUCCUGCUUGAUGAAGGACUCAAAUAUCUUUCCCGCAACCAUCUAGAAGGAAUUCUCAAGACAGUCAGAAACAUGUGGAAUGGGGAGCACCAGCUGAAAGCCUGCAGGACUCCAGAUCACACAGGAAGAAGACAAGAAAUGAAUGACACAAAGGAAGCUCACUAUCUAAAUAAAGGAACCCUAAGCUGCAACUCGGACUGAAGUCUUGCAUGCGUGACCAUGACUAGAAGCCAGCAGGACAUGCAUGUGUCCAACUAUCAGACUAAUGCGGGUGAAUUGUCGAAAAGAAAAAUACUGAUUUGUUUCGUUUCGUAGCUUUUAUUUUUUUUUUUUUUCCUGUAUAUAAUGGUGCAAUUACUGGACAGCUAAAUUAUGGUUUGGGGAUGGAACUAUAUGUAACUGAGUCAUUGUAACACAGCUCUUUGGGGAUCUAUUCAUGAAAAAUUAGUGACACUUCUUAAAAAUAGCCCUCGAGAGCGAGGUCAGCAAGCAUCCUUCACUUGGUGACAGCACAGUAGGAGGAAAAGCCAUGAUAUCAAAAUGGUUUGUGGAAUCGGUGCGUGAGAAAUGCCAGGGGUGCGUUCCAGAGCUGAAAAAGAUGGUGCGGCAUGGCAAAAAUGGGCACCAAGAAAACACUGGCCAGCUGCAUGGAAGGACAGGAAGGAUAAGUGAAAGAGGCACAUAAGAUGCAGAAGUUCAUGCUGGCUGGCCUCCAGUUGAGCAGACUUGUGUCCACCAAAGCCAUAGGAACUAGAUGGCAGUGCUGUUGCUUUGACAGCCAUGCUACCUAGCUGCCCAACUUUAGUAGCAUACAUCAUCAAGAUAGUUUCAGUGUAUGGACAUAGAUAUCCUGUGUCCUGAUAGAAUUACUAGUAGUGUGCAUGCUGCAGAUGUGCACUUCCAGAGAUUUGUGUGGUUGCAACUGUAGAUUUCCCCUUCCUCCCCCUUUGUUUGUUUUACUGUGUUGUUACUAUCUUCUCUCCAUGUUGAAAAUCUUGAAUCUUCUCAGGCUCAUUAGACACCAAAUGUGGCUUAGUUCUCUUGUCCUUCCUCUUCUGUAUGACCUCAUUAAAUCUCUUCCUGUGCUUUCAGUUGGAAACAUUUCCAUGUACAGUAAACUUUUACGACAAAACAUGGGAAUGAUGGAUUUUAGAACCAACCACAUCUACUGCCCAUUCUUGAUCAAGCUUUCUGACCAAGCACGUUUUUUUAAAUAAUUGUACAGAAAGUAGAACAUGAGACUAAUUCUCAGAUGGCAGUUGAGCAUUAGUUAAUAAUAUUAGCUUUGGGGGACACCUCUUGUUCCCUUGUGAUCUUCUUUACCAUUCUUAAAAUCAGUGCUAUGCCUCCAACAGGGGAAACAAAUGUCCACAUAAUAAAGCCCCAUUCCCUGAGCACUGUCACUUGUGGACUCCCCUGUAAAGGCACUUUCUUUAUUUCUGUCCUUCGAGAUUGUUUUCCAGUAGAAGAGUUGUGCAGAUGAUGUUUUGCAUAGUAGCAUUAGGUUGUGUGUACCAGUAGAUUGGACCUGAUCUGUCAAAGUCCGUGUUGCACCAGCUGAGGGCUUGGCUGUAAAUACAGCCAGCUGCUUUUCCAGCUCUCUAAAUACUCCCACUUCCUCAUUCCUCCCUUUCCUCAGAGCCCUGUCCCGAUGAUACUCAGUUAGCAGGAGUCAGCAGCUUUUCCUUCUUUCUAAACUUCAACCUUGUGUACACUAUGGCACUAGGGCCGAGUAAUGCUUUUGAUAUCAUUUUUCUCUGUUACUAUUCUGAUCAGGUUUUGUGUUUUCUUUUUAAAAACCUCCAAUGCUUUUUUUUUGGUUCUCUUUCACAUGUGGCUGUACUUCGACCAGCUGGCCACAUAAUGUACAGUAUGUGCCUAACACCAUCCCUUCCUUUUUUUUUUUUUUCUCCAUCACCAGCAUUGAAAAAGAUGGGUAGUGCCCCAGACCAGUGGGAAUGUACAGACUUGUUAUACUACUGAGCUGAUUCAAUUGUACAGAAAACAUUGCAUGAAAAUGUUGUUACUGUAUUUAAUAUAUAAUGUAUUCAAGGAAUUUUAAUAUGGAGCUCUUUACAAAUAUAUCUUUAUAGAUACUGUGCGGUUACAGGAAAGUCAUUCACCGGAAAAAUUUCUAUUCACUGUCCUGGAGAAUUUCUCUCCUAAUGUGUCACAUUCAAGUUGAUUUAACUGGUGAUUUCACAGGCUGACUGAUUGCUUCUCAGAGGCCGGUUGCACUAACUCACCCAGCAUGGCCCACACACUGACUAAGCCUUCAAGGAACUGGUGCACAAGGGUGAAGUCCACCUUUCACUGCACCCCUUCUCCCCCAGCCCCCUGUGUUUUUUGGGAAGGGGGGGUGGUUUCAGAACAGGCUGGUAAAUAAUAACCAGUAGCAACGUAAUCCAAGAUUAACGAGCUAAUUUCUGCCUUCAUGUGAAUGAAUGGAUUGCCUUCAGGGGAGAUGUUUCUGCUAUCCCAUUGUUGAAAUUGGUCUAUAACAUCCUGGUCAUCCUUUCUUUUGCAGGGGAGGAGGGAAUGAAGGGAGAGGGUGUCCAGAAAGUCUUGUCCAGCCAGGUUUGCAAGCUGCUUCAUCUGUAAAGCCCCCCUUGCUGGUAUGCAUUCACAUCCAGCAGAGAUCAGUGCUGGGUUGGACCUCUGAAUCAGAUCUUCAGCUGGUAUGAAACAGUGGCCCCACUGGAAUGACCCUGAUUUGCAGCAGCUGGGGAUCUGGCCUGGGUGGUGGGGUUUUUUUUUUUGUUGUUUUUUUUUUUUAGCCUAAAUGUGUGCUUUUCUUUUCCUAAAACAUUCAAUGGCCUUAUUCUGAGCUCUGUAAUGUAAAGUGUCUUUAAAAAAAUGAAAGCAAGGCUGUGUCAUGGGUAUGUGAGAAGCAGAGGU